AUGAAAUUGACUAACUCACAGGAAGUGGUUGUCCAGUUUCCUUAUCAAGCGAAUACUACUCUGAAGGUCGUGGCUGGUCCAGGUUCAGGUAAGACAACAACGUGUCUUAAUAGGGUUUAUCAUUUAAUUAAAAAUAAAAUAGUUGAUCCUAGUGAGAUUCUAAUAUUAUCAUUGACAAAUAAAAGUGUGGAAAACAUAACUGACAAGCUACUAGAUACUUUUGAAUCUUUAGAAAGGGAAAAUGGUUUGAAUGAUGCCGAUAAAGUUGAUAGAGAGUUUCAAAUUGCUGACCUGGUUAAGGACAUUAGUGUUUCUACCAUACAUAGUUUGGCAAAUCGAGUACUUACUGAAUAUUUUGGUACUAUAAACGUGAUAGAUGAUAGUGGUUGGAGAGGUCUACAGAAUUUAAUAUCAACAGAAUUUUGGUCAAAGCACAGCAUUAAACCAUCAUCACUAUAUGCAACAAAACAAUUUGAAAAAUUAUAUGAUGAUUAUAAAAUAUCCAGUAAUAAAAUUAAAGGUGAACUGACAGAAAUUGCAAAAAUAAUGAAUAAUAACAAUGUUUUUACUCAUAAUGAUUUAAUUAUUCAAGCAUCAAAGAUUUUGAAGGAAAAAGGUAAUGAAAAAGAUAUUGCUGAUGUCGGAAUUGAGAACCAAUUUACAUAUCAUCUAUUAAAUAACUACAAGAUUGUAAUCAUUGAUGAAUUUCAAGACUUAUAUCCAUCGUUAUUGAAGUUUCUGAUACCAAUUUGCAAAAACAAACAAUUAGAAUUGUAUGGUGAUGAUAAUCAAAGUAUUUAUGAAUUUUUGGGGUCUAACGCUAAGGUAAUGAAAAUAUUAGAGGAAUGCAAUGGCAAAGAAAAUCUUAAACUGCUUAAACUGCAAGAAAAUUUUCGUAGUAGUGCAGAGAUUGUUGAACUAUCAAAGAAAAUCUUAUUGGAUGGGAAACAGAUUUCAAAGGACAAUAUUUUGUCGAAUGCUCCAAAAUCUUAUGCAAGUAUUGAACCAAUUGUUGAGUACACUGAUAAUAUUCUUCAAGAACUAGAGUAUAUUGUUUCAGAAAUUUGUAAGUUGGUUUCAUGUGGUGCGAAAUUAUCGGAUUUAAUAAUAAUGACAAGAACUAAUGCAAAGUUAGACAUCAUCAAUAAUUUUUUGUCACUCUAUGGAAUUGAAACAAAAUGCUUGUCUUCCAAUCCUGAUUGGAUUAAAAACUCGGCAAUUCAAUGCUUGUUGGAUAUCACAAAGUUAGUUUAUUCAUUGACUGAAGAUUCAUCAAUGGAUGAGGUCGAGGAAUAUUCAAUAUUGAAAAGUGAUUUUAGCACAAUUAUCAUGCUCAAUCAUGUAAAAGGGAUUGGUAAAAUAUCAAUAAAGAACUUGUUUGAAGGUGCACAAAAAAACAACUGUUCUCUCUGGCAUUAUAUAAGCCAAGGAUCUUCCGAAUCAUUACCUGUAAAUAAUACUACAAAAAAUAAAAUUAUUGAAUUUGUUAAAUUAUUUAAUCCAAUUAUUGAAGAAAAGGUGUUAAAUAAUCUUAAUUCAGCACAUGAGUUGUUGGAGAAUAUUACUAAUAUUGCAUAUAAAUUAAACACUGGUAUUUUCGAAUUUGAAAAUGACCAACAGAAGGAAUUGUUUAAGGAAAAUCUAUAUGAAUUCUCUCGUGUAUUAAAAAAUUGUGCCGCAACAAAAGACGAUGAUAUGUCCUUGCUGAAGUGGUUCCUCCAAUCCUACCGUGACCAAACAAUUGUGACACAUGAGCGUUAUCCAACUCUUAGGAGCAAGGAAAAUAUGGUUAAUUUAUCUACAAUUCAUUGCGCAAAAGGAUUAGAAUAUCCUAUAGCAUUUGUAGUAGGCGAUUUACAAACUCAUAAAUUACCGAUUGAUAAGAAUACAUUAUACGUAGCCGCUACAAGAGCAAGAAAUUUACUAUAUAUGAUCAAUAUCAGGCAUUAUAAUAUAAAGGCUACUGCAACUACUAAUCCAAUAUUAACAAAUUCUUCUUUUUGGAAGUUUUAUAAUAAAGACGUUUCACGAAGAUAUCAGCCAGGAGCUUAUACUGAAAAAUAUAGAACAAUUCAACAGAAAUACGGUUUCAACUCGCAACAAAUUAGAAAUUUUUCUAUAAAUGCGUUAAAAGCUACACGUAGGACAUUAAGAGUUUUAUCUAGAUAG